AAUGAAAGCCUGCCACCACACUGGCCCUCUGUGGAUAAGACUGAAAAUACCUGCUGUAGUGGUACAAUAUAGUGUGACAAAUAUCGAGUCAAUUAGGAACACUUGUACAUUCACGAAAAUCAGUACUCCGCGAACAAAACAAGCAGAGCAUAAAGGAGCUGACGUUGCCAGCAUUCAGAUGGGUAACUUACUCCAGCUGUAAGACCUAGAUGAAAAGCAUGAUGAGCAGUGAUCUCUACUGCUCAGACUCCGGCUCCAGCAGUCUCUACUGCUCAGACUCCGGCUUCAGUGAUCUCUACUGCUCAGACUCCGGCUCCAGUGAUCUCUACUGCUCAGACUCCGGCUUCAGUGAUCUCAACUGCUCAGACUCCGGCUUCAGUGAUCUCUACUGCUCAGACUCCGGCUUCAGUGAUCUCAACUGCUCAGACUCCGGCUUCAGUGAUCUCAACUGCUCAGACUCCGGCUUCAGUGAUCUCUACUGCUCAGACUCCGGCUUCAGUGAUCUCAACUGCUCAGACUCCGGCUUCAGCAGUCUCUACUGCUCAGACUCCGGCUCCAACAGUCUCUACUGCUCAGACUCCGGCUCCAGCGGUCGCUACUGCUCAGACUCCGGCUCCAGCGGUCGCUACUGCUCAGACUCCUGCUUCAGUGGUCGUUACUGCUCAGACUCUGGCUCCAACAGUCUCUACUGCUCAGACUCCGGCUUCAGUGAUCUCAACUGCUCAGACUCCGGCUUCAGCAGUCUCUACUGCUCAGACUCUGGCUCCAACAGUCUCUACUGCUCAGACUCUGGCUCCAACAGUCUCUACUGCUCAGACUCCGGCUCCAGCGGUCGCUACUGCUCAGACUCCUGCUUCAGUGGUCGCUACUGCUCAGACUCUGGCUCCAACAGUUUCUACUGCUCAGACUCCGGCUCCAGUGGUCUCUACUGCUCAGACUCCGGCUUCAGUGGUCGCUACUGCUCAGACUCUGGCUCCAACAGUCUCUACUACUCAGACUCCGGCUCCAGCGGUCUCUACUGCUCAGACUCCGGCUCCAGCAGUCUCUACUGCUCAGACUCCGGCUCCAGCAGUCUCUACUGCUCAGACUCCUGCUUCAGUGGUCGCUACUGCUCAGACUCUGGCUCCAACAGUCUUUACUGCUCAGACUCCGGCUCCAGCGGUCUCUACUGCUCAGACUCCGGCUUCAGCAGUCUCUACUGCUCAGACUCUGGCUCCAACAGUCUCUACUGCUCAGACUCCGGCUCCAGCGGUCGCUACUGCUCAGACUCCUGCUUCAGUGGUCGCUACUGCUCAGACUCUGGCUCCAACAGUCUCUACUGCUCAGACUCUGGCUCCAACAGUCUCUACUGCUCAGACUCUGGCUCCAACAGUCUCUACUGCUCAGACUCCGGCUCCAGCAGUCUCUACUGCUCAGAUUCCGGCUUCAGUGAUCUCAACUGCUCAGACUCCGGCUUCAGCAGUCUCUACUGCUCAGACUCUGGCUCCAACAGUCUCUACUGCUCAGACUCCGGCUCCAGCGGUCGCUACUGCCAGGACUUGACUCCUGCUUCAGUGGUCGCUACUGCUCAGACUCUGGCUCCAACAGUCUCUACUGCUCAGACUCUGGCUCCAACAGUUUCUACUGCUCAGACUCCGGCUCCAGUGGUCUCUACUGCUCAGACUCCGGCUUCAGUGGUCGCUACUGCUCAGACUCUGGCUCCAACAGUCUCUACUGCUCAGACUCUGGCUCCAGCGGUCUCUACUGCUCAGACUCCGGCUCCAGCGGUCUCUACUGCUCAGACUCCGGCUCCAGCGGUCUCUACUGCUCAGACUCCGGCUUCAGUGGUCGCUACUGCUCAGACUCUGGCUCCAACAGUCUCUACUGCUCAGACUCCGGCUUCAGUGGUCGCUACUGCUCAGACUCUGGCUCCAACAGUCUCUACUGCUCAGACUCCGGCUCCAGCGGUCUCUACUGCUCAGACUCCGGCUUCAGUGGUCGCUACUGCUCAGACUCCGGCUCCAACAGUCUCUACUGCUCAGACUCCGGCUCCAGCAGUCUCUACUGCUCAGACUCCGGCUCCAGCAGUCGCUACUGCUCAGACUCCUGCUUCAGUGGUCACUACUGCUCAGACUCUGGCUCCAACAGUCUUUACUGCUCAGACUCCGGCUCCAGCGGUCUCUACUGCUCAGACUCCGGCUCCAGCGGUCUCUACUGCUCAGACUCCGGCUUCAGUGGUCGCUACUGCUCAGACUCUGGCUCCAACAGUCUCUACUGCUCAGACUCUGGCUCCAACAGUCUCUACUGCACAGAUUCCGGCACCAGCAGUCCAUACUGUUCAGACUCUGCCUCCAGCGGUCUCUACUGCGCAGUCUUUGGCUCCAUCAGACUCUACUGCACAGACUCCUUAUCCAAUGGUCUCUAUUGCGCAGACUCUAGAUCCAAGAUGGUGACUUUCAAAUCAACCAAAUUGAGGCUUCAAAACCACAAAAUGGGAGUCAGUGGCACCAUGUUGUCCACUCAUAUAUACAGUCAUUGCAAUAAACCCUUAUUUGUUCUUUAGACCCAA